AGCAAACUCACUUACAAGGUUGUUUUGAGCGUAUUGUGAACAGGACUUCGACUUCAAGAUAAGAAGUGACGACCAUGGCUGCAAACAGUAGUGGUUCCAUUUUGUUCUCACGGUGAGAGUCUUCAUGGCAGAGAAAUUACUGAGGGUACCUUAUAAUUCCCUGAAUGUUUUUUCACCAAUUUACUAGUAAUGUUCUUGCAUUGUUCACGUAGAAACAUUAGUUUACUUCAUGUGACUUACCCGGAGUCAGAUCGAAAAACCACAUUAAUUGCACAUGAGUCAGGUUAGGGGUGACUGUCACGGGUGUUUACCUCAAUUUACAUACUGCUCAACGUUCCGAUUUCACUUCAAAGCCGGCAAGGAAAUGUGUUCUACAUCUGAUAAUCAAGGAGGCCGAACAAUCGACGACAAAUUUAGAGAAAGUCUUCUGCGAUCUCUUAACGAACUGAGGCAAGCUUGCAUUCUUUGUGACGUUCUCAUUCGUGUUGACAAAACGUUGGAGUUUCCUGCUCACCGUUGUGUUUUGGCCGCAGGCAGCGUUUAUUUUCAAGCUUUGUUCUCGGAUGAUUUUCGUGAGAGAAAGAGCGGCGUGGUGGAGCUGGAAGGUAUAUAUGGCAUGGAAAAAGUCCUUGAAUUUCUCUAUACGGGUGAGGUGGAGAUAAAUGAAUCCAAUGCUCAAGAUUUAGUCAUGGCUGCCGAUUACCUGAAUAUUCCAGCCUUAAAAUUGCAUGCUGCUGUUGCGUUAGAAAAGUUCAUCAACAUCUCAAAUUGUCUCUCCCUACAGAGGUUUUCCACUAAGUUCGACUGUGCUCUGUUGAAAGAAUCGUGCACUUUCUUCACAAAUCAAAACUAUUCUAUGGUAACAAAAUCGGAAGCGUUCAAAGAAUUGAGUUUCGAGGCGCUCAUUAGGUUACUCAAGAGUGACGAGCUUAAUGUUCACAACGAAAGCGAAGUGCUCUGUUCUGCGCUCUCCUGGAUAAGGUACGAUCUUCAGUCGAGGGAGAAACUGCUUCUUGAAGUCCUAAAACAUGUUCGGUUUCCGCUUAUCCGCAAGGAUUAUUUGAUCAACAUUGUUAAGAGUGAUGUGUUGCUUCGAAGUAACGCAGUCGAAGUGAACGUUUUACUGAAAACAAUCAAACAAACUUCCUCGGCGUCAGAGAAAUUUCGAGAGCUGCAUGUGCCAAGAACUGGACCUCUCGAGACAGUGGUAGCAUUGACAGGGGGAAGAUCAGUGUCGAAGUAUGGCUCAAACAACAGUGUUUUGGCGUACAUACCGUUGCGUGACUCAUGGGUAACGCUAUCUAAUCUUCACAUUCCGCGACACGGUCACAGUGCUGCUGUCUGCCAAGGUUCUUUGUACUUAGUGGGAGGAGUAUGUAGAAAUGUCUCAGCUCAUUCCCACGUGUGUCGAUUUAGCCCUCUCAGGAAUAAAUGGUACUGCGAUGUAGCGGAUCUUCCUCACCCAGUUUCAUUUGCUGCCGUUGUGUCAUUAGAUGAGAAGUUGUUUGUUAUUGGCGGCAAAGACUGCUGCAAUACGGCACUUCGUAGAACACAAUGUUACAACCGAGAGCGCAAUCAAUGGCAUUUUGUUGCAGACUUGAACUUACCACGUGACAGCCAUUGUGCAACAGUAUUAAAUGAUUCUAUCUACGUCAUCAGCGGAGACAAAGAGAAUUUUAAAAGCUGCGAAAGAUACGACUCGACGAUUAUGAGAUGGAACCUUCUCCCGGACAUGACCAUGUCACGCCAACAACCUGCAGUUCAUGCACUUCGCGGGAAAGUCUUGGUAGUUGGCGGUUAUGCUGGUUCAAAUUAUAGCAUGCACACAACCUGCGAGAUCUUUGACCCUAAGAAGUUCCAGUGGAGCUUGGUACCUGGACUUGGUGUACCACGUGCGGGAUGUGGAAUCACGUGCGUGGCAGAUCACGUGUAUGUGUUUGGCGGGUCGAAUGGCCGAUCUAUCUUAAACACGUUAGACAGUGUUGAGUGUUACAACGAAGAAGACAAGGAGUGGAGAAAAAUCUCGGUUAUACCAGAGACUAUCGUCGCCCCCCAAGUGGCUGUUUUUAGGAUGCCUAGAAAAUAUCUAACAUGAAGUUGUUUUUAAACAAGAUUGAAGAUGGCCGCCGAAUUAAGAAAAAAAAUACACAGGUUAUAAAUUGGAUGCAGACCAAAUUUAAGAUGUUCUCCUCAAUUUUUACCUUCCUUCCCUUUUCCUUUAAGACAAAGUUUCCAAAACUGUUAACAAUUAUCCUUAGACUACUGUAAGUCAUUGGAGUGUAAGAAUGUUAUGCUACUUUCAAAGCAAUGCGAACAUUUAGAAAGUGCACGUACAGCAGAUGAACGAUAAACGCUUACAGAGGUAAAGGGUUCCUGUAACUGUGAUCUUUUAUAGUACAUAUGCCUGUGCUCACCACAAUAAGGUUCUUCGAUCAUUUCGUUUUACGCAAAUAUAGAAAAGCGUAACACAGAGCAGGUGAAGACGAAAUAAAGAGACAAUAAAUCGAAUAGUGCCAGCUGUACAUUUAUUUACAACUCUACAAAAAAGGUGCUCAGCAUUCGCUCUGAAAUGAGUCACUACCGUGUACAGAACAUUCGGUUCUCACACGUUUGGACAAAAAAC